AUUGACUUGACCCCGAUCUUCAUCCCACCCCGUCCGAAAUAGUAAUACCCGCUGCCUACCUACCCUACACUGUCUGCUGGUUCUCUUCAGUUUGGAUUUAAUUAACUUUGUUGCGCCCGAAGACGAUGCCAGACUCCUUCUAAUAGCCUAUCGAACACUUCCCAACUACCGAUAUCCUGGGACACGACAUUGAAACAUCCAAACCAUCAAUGCGCAAACGUUGCUAGGAAACGUUGUCAAUCCUAAUUUUCGCAAAUCUGGCUCGCUCGACAUCAUUCUUUCUUUCUUUCCAGUAAUUCGCGAUCCAGCAACCAAUACGACAUGAGACUCCAUUCAGUACUGGGCCUCCUCGGUCUGGGCUAUCUCGCAUCUGCCUCGAAUCUGCAGGCUCGGAAUUACGAGGCGCAAGAUUAUUAUGUUCUUCAUCUCGACCCUACGACUCCUCCCUCACAGAUCGCUAGCCGGCUAGGCUUGACGCACGAAGGCCAGCUGGGAGAAUUGGCAGAUCACCACAUCUUCUCAUGUCAUAAGCAAGAUGAGGAUGUGGUACGGACGGCUCUGACGGAACUCAAGCGGCGGAAGAGGUCGAUUGGAGCAUCAGAUAUCCUUGAGGGAGUCAGGCUGGCACAGAAGCAGAAGAUGAAGCCUCGGAUGGAGAAACGAACAGUUAUACCCCCUCCGCCAGCCGGAUACUCUGCCCCCAAAGCAGAACGACAAGUGGAACUUCCGGUCGACGCCGCCAUGGUAAGGCUCAAGGAGGUAGCGACAGCUUUGGAAAUCCAAGAUCCCAUUUUCCAAGAGCAAUGGCAUCUCUUCAAUCCUGUACAGCUAGGUCAUGAUGUCAACGUUACGGAUGUAUGGUUGCAGGGUAUCACAGGCCACAACGCAACGGUGGCAAUGGUGGACGAUGGUUUGGAUAUGUAUAGUGAUGAUUUAAAAGACAAUUACUUUGCAGAGGGAUCCUGGGACUUCAACGAUGCUGGACCCGAACCAAAACCCCGCUUGUCCGACGAUAGACAUGGUACAAGAUGCGCUGGAGAGAUUUCUGCGGUUAAGAACAACGUUUGUGGUGUUGGAGUUGCAUACGAUUCGAAGAUUGCAGGCCUCCGAAUUUUGUCCAAAUUGAUUACGGAUGCUGACGAAGCGAUUGCAAUGAACUACGCCUUCCAGAAGAACCAGAUCUACUCUUGUUCUUGGGGUCCACCGGAUGAUGGGAGAUCAAUGGAUGCGCCUGGCAUAUUGAUCAAGCGGGCAAUGCUCAAUGGUGUUCAAAAUGGGCGGAAUGGUCGGGGUUCUAUCUACGUCUUCGCAUCUGGAAAUGGUGCUGGAAACGAGGACAACUGCAAUUUCGAUGGGUAUACCAACAGCAUUUACAGUAUUUCUGUAGGAGCCAUUGAUCGAAAGGGACUUCAUCCAUACUAUUCAGAGAAGUGUUCGGCACAGCUGGUUGUUACCUACAGCAGUGGAAGCGGAGAUGCAAUUCACACGACAGACGUAGGAGCCAAUCAAUGCUACGCUGGGCACGGUGGUACUUCCGCUGCAGCACCUCUUGCAGCAGGAAUCUUUGCGCUAGUCCUGUCAAUACGUCCUGAUUUGACUUGGAGAGAUAUGCAAUACCUGGUCAUGAACACCGCUUUGCCGAUUGACCUCGAGACUGGAGAAUGGCAAACUACCACCAUUGGCAAGAAAUUCAGUCAUACUUUCGGUUAUGGAAAGAUUGACACAUGGGCCACCAUUGAAGCAGCUAAAACAUGGAAAAACGUUAAACCACAAGCUUAUUUCUACUCGCCCUGGAUCCAUGUCAACCAGGCCAUUCCUCAGGGGGAGGAAGGUUUAGCUGUAUCUUUCGAGGUUACACCCCAGAUGCUCCAGGGUGCCAAUCUGGAACGUCUCGAACAUGUCACUGUUACAAUGAACAUUGACCAUACUAAGCGAGGUGAUCUCAGUGUUGACCUGAUCAGCCCUGAUGGUAUUAUCAGUCACAUUGCAGUCACUCGCCGUCUCGAUACAGCUCCAGAGGGCUACGUCGACUGGACUUUCAUGUCCGUCGUUCAUUGGGGCGAGUCUGGUAUCGGAAAAUGGACUGUCCUGGUCAAGGACACAGUCGUAAACGAGAACAACGGAACUUUCAUCGACUGGCACUUGAAGCUCUGGGGUGAAUCAAUCGAUCCCGCCAAAGCAGUUCUCCUCCCCAUGCCCACCGAACACGACGACGACAACCACACCGACAUCAUCUCCACCACCACCAUCGCCGGCACCACCACAUCCAUCACGCCCGCCCCCCAACCCUCCACCGCCCUCCCAGCCAACCCAACCGACCAACCCACCCGCCCCACCAAACCCACCGCCUCCAACACCUCCACCCCAACCAGCAGCAGCACCACCUCCGCAACAGCCUCUCCAACAAGCUGGCUCCCAUCCUUCUUCCCGACUCUCGGCGUCUCCCCACGCACCCAAAUCUGGAUCUACGGCUCCGCAGCCCUCAUCCUCAUCUUCUGCUCGGGACUCGGCGUCUACCUCUUCCUCGCGCGGCGCCAACGCCUCCGCAACAACCCGCGCGACGAAUGGGAGUUCGACCUCCUGGAAGAAGACGAAGCCGAUGGCCUCAACGGCGCAGGCAAGAUGGGCGGCGGCAGCGGCGGCAAGAAAGGUAAUAAGCGCCGCGCGGGCGAGCUUUACGAUGCGUUUGCGGCGGGGAGUGAGGACGAGAGUGAUGGCGAGUAUGUGGAUGGUGAUGAGGGUGGGGAUGAGAGGGAGAAGAAGCUGUAUGAGGAGGAGGAGAGUGAUGAUGAGGGGGGAAGACAUGUGAUUGGAUCGGAUGAUGAGGAUGAUGAUGAUGAGCCGCUGGAGGGAGGAAAUGAGAAGGGUGAUCAUACGGAGAGGUUGUUGCAUAAGUAGAAAACGUCUGAUUGAGGGGCUGGAUAAACUUUUGCAUGCAUUCGUGUCUUGAUUGAUAGAUGGAUAGGUAUUUUUUGACACGAGGCGUACCGUAGGCUCUUUGAAUUGGAUUGGCCUGACCUGGCUUGGCGUGGCCUGGACUGGGAUUACAUCAAUCAUAUCCGGCGUUGUUAGUGGCGCUUUUGUUAUUGAAUUCGAUUGUAUUCCUGCUUGGAUCUUAUCCAUCUUUCUGUGCUCCCACGGGCGUUUGAGCCAAGACUGCGAAGAUUCAAAAC